AUGGAGCUGCACAACCAGAAUGAUGGUCCUCCUCCGGCAUACAGUAAUCCUCCUGCUGGGGGAUCCGCCCCAGAAAUCGCCGUCAUAGAAGCCGCAACUGAGCCGCAACAUACCGUCAACCAAGGAUCGGAGAAAAUUGCCCUUGUCUCUCCUGAUGCUGCCAUCCAGACCGCGUCAACAGACGUCGCAGCAACAUCUCCCCCAGCCGAUGAACUAACCAAGACCAUCCCAGGCCAACCAGUGCCCCAAGUGACGCCAUUAGAAAAGCUCAACGACCAACCGGCAUUAAUCGAUUGUCCCUUCUGCCAAUACCGGGCGAUGACGAGGGUCAACGAAGAAGACUCGUCUCAAACAAGUAUCGCCGCACUCUUCUGUUGCAUCUUCUGCGGCAUUAUUGGCGCGUGUAUUCCGUAUAUCUGCAAAUGGGCGCAGGAUUUUCAUCAUUUUUGCACGCAUUGUAAUGCCAAGGUGGCGAUUCGGUCGAAUGAGGGUCCUGUGCAGGUGCUGCGGCCGACGCCUGUUUCAGUGCCUUCGGCUUAUCCAGCUGCGCCGCCAAAGGUAGCGCAGCCAGUGCCGGUGAAAGGAGGAUAG